AUGUCUGGUCCAACACCACAUUCACAUGCUUCAAAUCCAGAACGAAUACCUGCUGUUGAAAUAAAAAAUGAUAUUAAAAUUAAAGCGGCUAUAUCUAAUGAAGCACCAAGUUCAAUUAUACAGUCGUCGUUACGCUCUUUACCUUUAACCGCAGUUAGCAGUCUGCCAUCAUCUGAUUCAUUAGCAAGAACUGUUCGAAGACAACGUCCAACAUUAUCUUUAACUUCAUCUUCUCAAUUACCUAUUGAAUUAAGAAAAACUGAUCGUGGAGACGAUUUUAUACUUUAUGAAGAUAAUGAAAUGAUUAUUUUUACUACAAAAAGAAAUUUAUAUUUGUUAAAAGAAUGUACACAUUGGUUUGUAGAUGGUACAUUUAAGGUUUGUCCUAAACAAUUCUAUCAAUUAUUUACAUUACACGCCUUGUUAAAAUCUGUUGUUAUUCCACUCGUCUACGGGUUAUUAAUUGGUAAAAGUAGCGAUGAUUAUAAACAGUUUUUUGAAAAAGUCUUAGAACAAGAUGAUUUUCAACCAGAAUCAAUUCUUAGUGAUUUCGAAUCGGGCACAAUCAAAACCAUUAAAGAACUUUUUCCGAAUACUGUUCAUAGAGGCUGUCUUUUUCACUAUGGACAAUGUAUAUGGCGUCAUAUACAAGAGAAUGGUUUAUCAACAAAAUAUGAUGAUGAUGAUAAUUUUAGAUUAAAUGUUAGAAAAUUAUUAUCAUUACCUUUUGUUCCAGCUUCAGAAGUGAUCGAAGCGUUUGAAUUAAUUGCUGAUGAAUUCGAUGAUGAAGCUGACACUCUUGUUGAAUAUUAUGAAAAGACAUGGAUUGAGGAGAAGAAGAAACGAGGAGCUGGAAGAAAAAAACCAAAAUUUAAUAAUGAAUUAUGGAAUGUAUAUGAGCGUAUCAUUAAUGAUCUUCCAAGAUCAAAUAAUUCGGUGGAAGCGUGGCUAGAGAUAAAAUUCUCCUGA